AUGAAACCAUUAAAUGUAGUUGAUCCACAAACAUUUCGUUCAUUUUGUUUUCGCGGACAAGGUUGUGCGAAUUUUGUUAUUAGUGCGAAAUGUCGAAAAUCACGUUUCAGAAUUGUCUGGAGAUUUUCAAAACAUCGAAAGUCUGGCACGGUAACAGUGAAACCUAAAUGUCAUGCAAUUGCUGCUUAUUUGGAAAAACUUAUUGUGCCUAUUAUCGGGCGUGAAUAUUUGGUAAAACCAAAAAUCGUCUCUUUCGAUGUGAGAAAUCUUCAUCGGUUGGCAAAGAUCCCUGCGUUACCGCUAAAUAUGAAAGUUGAAUCAUUCGAUGAAUUAUGUGAUGAGAGGAAAUAUGCCUCUUCAAUGAGUUUUUUUCCUUUACAUGAAAUUCCUGAGGGCACUCGUUUUGUGAGUGCUUUACAAAUGAUGGAUGCAACAAGAAUUCCAAAACGACUUCCAUCGCGCUUUUAUGGUCCUACGAUUACUGUGGAAAUUAAGCCAAAGCAGGGUUUUUUUCAAAACUACUCAGGAAUUCAACUUCCCUAUUGUCUUAAUUGUAUAUUACAGUCGGUUUAUUUCAUUUCUGUUAAUUGUCAGCUGGAGAAGAUGAACUCAAAUGCAUUCGAUGUGAUGUACGAUUAUUGUCCUCUUGAUUUAUUUAGCGGAGAUAUUCAGCGGAUGCGAUCAGCUCUGAAUUCACUUAUAUUGGUUCCUCAUCGGAACUUAAGAAUAUUUUUCAAUGGCACAGUGAUUCAUUCUGACGAAUUAUCAUUGAAUCACCAGUCACUUCAAGAUACACUUUUCCAUGGCGGUUCUGUCACAAUUGAGGAACUUGUUACAGCCAUUUGUUGUGUAUUAGUUGGUGCUCCAUCAAAUGCGGAAUUCACAGUACAGGAUACCAGCGUUCUUGCGAAAUUGCUGGCUGCUCAAAAACUUGAUCCAGUUGGUAUUGUGAAAGCCUAUGAAAUCUAUCAGUCAUUAUCUUUAGAAAAUCAGAGAGAAUUGCUCAAUAAGUGCCUCUUGCCACGAAAUGAUCUUUCAUUUAUGCACGAAAAUUCUGAUCAGGCCCUACUGCAGCGAUAUUUUCUGGCUGCAACCAUGAAAGAUUGUUCAGUCAUGAUUAGCCUCAGACUUAUUGAUGAAACAAUAACAUCAGUUCCACAUUCAAGGUGUUCACCUCCACCCAUUGUGAAGAUUUAUCCGUCUACAAUUCAACAUCCUGAUGCCUGUUCAGUUUCAUUUGCAUAUUCAAUUAAACUUGUUGAUCUUGAUCCUAAAACCCCCAAAAAUCUUCUGAAUUCUUACCAGCGUUUCGUCGAUGGUGUAAGAUUUAUUCGAGAAACUCAUCCAAUGCGACGCCCAUGUGUUCAGUAA